AUGAGCGGUGACAUCGACGCACUGGCCUGUGCCCUGUGCGGCCGAGGCGCUGCGCCCCAAAACCCUGUGGGUCUGCUGAUUGCGCUCGUUAACCUAAUAGUGCACGUACCUUUCACAGACCUCCCCGUGCUGCGGGAUUACGAGCUAGGGGAGCUGCGCCAACAGUACGACUACGUAAUCGUUGGCGGCGGAUCUGCUGGCUGCGUGGUUGCUAACCGCAUGUCUGCCAAUCCGGACACCACUGUGCUACUGCUGGAAGCUGGCGGGCUGGAAACCGCCUCGCGACAGAUACCUCUAACUGCAGCCUACAGCCUCGGUGGCCAUGAUGACUGGGACUAUCGGACUGUGCCGCAGAGGAACUCCUGCCUUUCUUUCCACGAACAGUGGUGCCCUUUGUCGCGAGGCAAAGUUCUAGGCGGAAGCAGCGUAUUAAAUUUCAUGAUGUACGUGCGAGGAAAUCGCCACGAUUACGACCGCUGGGCCCUAACGUACGGAGCCACGGGUUGGACAUAUGAGGAUGUUCUGCCACAUUUCAAGGACAUUGAGGAUUUUCGUGCCGAACCAGUAGAUGAAUACCACGGAGAAAGCGGCGAGGUACCCGUGGGAUACCCAAAUGCCAGCACUCCCUUGAACGAGCUCUUCCUCAAUGCGUGCAAGGAGUCCGGCUAUUCCAUUGUCGACUACAACGGCGCGACACAGUCAGGUUGCUCUCGCCUGCAGGCAAACGUUGCGAAUGGAGAGCGAGUUAGCGCAAGCAAGUCGUUCAUACAGCCCGUGCUGAAAAAGCGGAACAAUCUCGACGUGGCGCUGUUCAGCCAAGUCACAAAGAUCAACUUCGAAGGCUCCCGUGCGGUGGGCGUGACGUUCACAAGAUACGGGACGUCGCAGAACGUGUCCGCUGCACGAGAAGUGGUCCUAUCCGCUGGCACCGUGGGAUCUGCUCAGCUUCUUUUGCUGUCGGGUGUGGGGCCCAGAGAAGACUUGGAACGGCUACAGAUCCCUGUGGUGGCUGAUCUUCCCGUAGGGCGCAGCGUACAAGAUCACGCCUUUCUAUUGGCGGCUGUACCUGUCAUAACCGACUGGCAGGUGGGGGUGUCACUCUUCACCUUGCAAGACAUUGCGCAAUACGACACCACCAGAAGCGGCGUCAUCUCCAUACCGACAGCUAUUGAGGCUGUCCAGUUUAUUGGCACCCAGUACGCGCUGGGUCUCGACUCACCCGACGUUGAAGUGGCCAUCGUUUCGUCCCAACCGGCUACGCAACUUGCAAGAGUCGAAAUGCUCAACUUGGGCAUGUUGCCAGAGGCUUACGACACCUUUUUUGGACCCAGAAACAACGUGCCCGGUUUCAGGGUGGUCGUGUUCCACACCCAGCCAAAGUCCCGCGGACGCAUCGCGCUGCGUUCGUCUGACCCGACUGACUAUCCGGAGAUCGAUCUGCGCAUGCUCGAACACCCCGACGAUGCCAAAGCUGCUGCUGAAGGCACAAAGAUCUUUAUCGAUAGCAUUCUCAGCACAAAGGCCAUGAAGAGUAUCGGCGCAAGGCCCUGGGAUGUGACCUAUCCACCUUGCGCUGACGCGGGACCAAGGUGGAGCAUUGAGUACAUCGAGUGCCUGUUCCGCUAUCUGGGGAACCCCGGAAUGCACACCUGUUGCUCAGCGCCCGUGGGUUCGCAUUCAGACGCUGUCGUGGACGAACGCCUCAGGGUCCGAGGAAACGUGGUGGGUCUGCGAGUGGCCGACGCCUCCGUGAUGCCUGAAAUUGUGAGCGGGAACACUCAUGCACCCGCCAUGAUGAUUGGCAGCAAAGCGGCUGCCAUGAUUAUGGAAGACAACGACCAUGAGUGA